UCCACCUCAACUCCGCGCUCCCUUCUUCUCCCCAUCUGAUGGGGGCAUCGGAUUAGAUUAAGAUUGCCCCAUGAUUAACACGUGGAGGCGGUAAAGUUUGCCCCUUUCUGCACCCUUCCGGCAUUGAUUGGGCGAACCACGAUUGCGGAUCAAAUGGGUCCUUGUCCUUCUCGACCUUUCUGCUUUAGGAGUCGGUAGAAACCGUUCUAAACGUGGAUGAAUAUGCAGCAGGGUGGCCUUAACCCUUCUCUCGACCUUACUGCUUUGCUAGGAUCUUGACCAUUCAGGGACGAAUGGACUGCAUUCGCCGAUUCUGAAUCACUGCAGAAGUUGGCACAGCUCAAGAUUCGUGCGCAACUUUUAGUUGACAUUUGAAUGGGGUGUUGGGUUCCUCUGUUGACCGAUUAACUUGCUCGCGGCCCAAUAUCUUUGCACAAGUUCUUGGCCCAUGAGCCCACAGCAUGCGAGCUGGUAACAUCGACACCACCACCGCAUUGCCGGCGGCGCUCUAACCCCAGCUCGCGUCUAAGCCUUUUCUUCGGCAGUGUUGGAACGAGCGACGAUGGUGCUGACGAACUUCAAUGGAUCUGGGGUUGGAUUCGGCAUGCCAUUAAACUUCCUGGGCCUUGGUGCAGGUGGAGGCUGUGGUGUCGGAUUAGGCCUCGGAUGGGGAUUUGGCACGGCCUUUGGAAGUCAGUAUAGGUCAUCCACAGUAACAUUCCAAGGCAUUGAAUUCUCAGGCAAGGAUCAAGGUGCAGAUAAGGAGUUCAAAGAUCUAACCAAGUAGUUGUGGAGUUCGUGCUUUGGAGUAACUUCCCAUUUCUGCUCUUUUCACAUGCUAUGCCUGUGUCCCAGUAAUCUAGAAGAUGCAAAAUCCCAUCAGAAGCGCUCUUUACCCUCAUACAGGACGCUACUGUGUAUGAAUCUGGGUAGUUUGUGCAACUGAUUGAGCUCUUUGGUUCUCCAUUUUAAUGAUACAGAAGGCUGAUAACUCUGUUUCUGUGUGGUCUUUCAUUUCUAAUCUGGGAAGUUCAUCGUAAGCGAGAAUGUAAACAUUAUAGGGAUGGUUUUGCAUGGUUUCAGUGAACUGAAAAGCAUCUUUGCGGGAUGUCGAAUUAUUGGAAGCUCAUCGUACUACAA